GAAGAAGAAGAAGAAGAAGAAGAAGAAGAAGAAGAAGUCCAUGGCUAUGUAAUAGUGACCAAUGUGGGCAGGUCUUACUCACUCUUUCAGUUUUAGUGUAAGAAAUUAGAUUCCAAUAUCCCCAAAUCUCCUAAAUUCCCCAAAUGUCAAAACCCUCAUCUCGAAUCUUCCUAGGUCUUCUCCGAUUCCACCGCCACCAACUCUCUCCAACUCCCGCCGCCCCUCUCCGCCGCUCCUACCACCACUCCACUCCUCCUCAAUUCCCCACUCCCCCAAAACCCUUGGGCGGCUUGAGAUGCUUCUCCUUCAAGCCGGACGCCGCCGGCAAUGCGAAGCGAGUGUUCCAGAAGCCGCUGGCGGCGGCGUCGGCGACGUUCUCGCGGUACCAGGAGGCGCUAGGGUUGCAUGUGGAGGCGUUCUGGAAGAGGAACAAUCUGGUGCUGGUGGGAGCUGGAGGCGUUGUGGUGUGUGCGAUUCUCUGGAAGAUCAUGUUUGGUAUUGCCAGCACUUUUGUACACCUCUCCGAAGGGAUGGCCAAGUAUGGCUUCCUUGCUCUCUCCUCCGCCACGGUCGCUUUCGCCGGCCUUUAUCUGCGGUCGAGGUUUACAAUCAAUCCUGAUAAAGUAUAUAGGAUUGCCAUGACAAAGCUCAAUACGUCUGCUGGGAUUCUUGAGGUCAUGGGUGCUCCUCUAACAGGAUCAGAUCUAAGAGCCUAUAUAAUGUCUGGAGGAGGGUUUCAACUGAAAAAAUUCAAGCCAACUCUCAGGAGCAAGCGGUGCUUCCUCAUUUUCCCAAUUCGAGGUUCUGAAAGAAGAGGUCUGGUCAAUGUUGAAGUAAAGAAGAAGAAGGGCCAGUAUGAUAUGAAGCUAUUGGCAGUUGACAUUCCCAUGGCAUCAGGACCCGACCAACGGUUAUACCUGAUUGGGGAUGAAGAAGAAUACAAAGUUGGUGGUGGACUGAUAUCUGAGCUGAGAGAUCCUGUUGUGAAAGCAAUGGCUGCAGAGAAGAUGUUUGAUAAUCUUGAUCAGAUUGAAGAUGAGGAGGAUGCUGAAAGAGAACUUCUAGAGGCAGAACAAAAGCAUCGUGAAGAAAUUGAUAAGCUUGAGAAAGACGGGAAAGCUGGGACACAGUGAAAUUUUCUGUAGAUUUUUAUAUCUUACCCUUUCCAUUCUCUUCUGUUUUGUUUUGAUAGAGGAGUUGUAAAUAAUGCGCGAGUCUUUGACCAAAUUGUCUCAGAUUACAACUGUGGGUUACUUAGCAUUUUUGUUUUGUUUUGUUUUUCUUGCAGAGUUGUUGACAAGGUUUUACUUUGUACCGCAAAUGGCCAGCUUUGGACAUUUCCAAGUUAAAUCACCCCUUGGGGGGCAAUAAAAGAUGACACUUGAAGCGACAAGCCUACCCAAAUUCUUCGCUUCUCGGAUUUGUAAGGUUCACACUGCUCAAGCAUGUUUUACUUUUUUCAAGUGAUUACCAUUGUUUUCUCAAAUCCAAGUUUCUCUUUUUCAA